AUGGCAAGCAAAAUCUUCCAGUUGGGCCUCAGCCAGUCCAAGACACUGGAGCUGUCAAAGGACGCCAGGGCUCUGAAGGAGGCCUUCGAGGCGGGGAACCUGCCAGCCGUGGCCGCCAAGCUGCAGGCGACUCUUCACUCGCUGGAGAACGUCAGGCUGGACAUUGGCAUUACCGGGGGAACAGGCUCAGGCAAGUCGACCUUCGUCAAUGUCAUCCGGGGGCUGGGAGAUGAGGACCCCGACUCCGCCCUCACAGGCGUGGUGGAAAUGACUGUGGAGCCCACGCCGUACCCACACCCCAAGUACCCCAACGUCAUCAUCUGGGACCUGCCCGGCAUAGGUGCACCCACCUUCCAGGCUGACAAAUACCUCCAGCGGGUGCGGGUGGACCGUUACGACUUCUUCCUAAUCAUCAGCUCAGAGAACUUCACUGCCAGUCACGCCCAGCUGGCCCACGAGAUCCUACAGCAGAGCAAGGGCUUCUACUUUGUCCGCUCCAAGGUGGAUGCGGACAUGGCCGCCUCACGCAGCCGCCGCCCCAGCACCUUUUCUGAGGAGCGGGUGCUCAGCCAGAUCCGGGACGACUGUUUGCAGCGGCUAGAAGCGGAGGGCCUGGAGGACCCCAAGGUCUUCCUGCUCUCCAUGUUUGAGUUGGGCAAGUAUGACUUCUGCCGGCUGGAGGAGUCGAUGGUGAAAGAAAUAGAAAGCCACAAGCAGCAUGCGCUCCUGGUGGCCCUGCCCAGCAUCUCGAAGCCCAUCCUGGAGAAGAAAGCGGCCUCGCUGCGACAGCACAUCUGGCUCGUGGCCACGGUGGCCUGUGGCAUCAACCCAAGCCCUGUGCCAGGAGUACGGGAUGUGGCAUGCGACCUCUACCGGCUCAUCCGCUCCCUGGAAGGCUACCGCCGUAGCUUCGGCCUGGACAGGGACUCCCUGGGGAAGCUGGCUGAGCAGACGAGCCAGCCCCUGCACAAAAUCCUGGAGGCGGUGCAGGGCCCCAAGACCAAGGUCACCGAGGAGCUGGUGGUGGACCUGCUGGGCCAGGCCUCCGGGGGUGCCAAUGCCUUUACCCAGGAGCUCCUCAACGUGCCUGUCCUGGGCGCCCUGGCCACCUGCGGCAUCUCCUUUGCCACCGUCUACCGGAUGCUCCGCUUGUCCCUGGAUGUGGCGUUUAAGGAUGCCCAGAGUGUGCUGAGGCAGACCUUCCUCAACAGCUCCGACCAGUGA